AUGUCAGCCGUUGAAGAGAGACAAGCCGAAAAGAGAGCCUUGGACAAGGGAGAUGAGAAUGAUGAAGUUGUCGCCAAGGAAGCUCGCAUUGAAAAUGGAAAUGCUGAGGUAUGUUUGAAUUAAAAUUACAAAAAAAUUUUAGGAUUUACCUAAUUUUUUUCUAAAAACUUUUUCUUUAUGCCUUCUUCUCUUAUCUCAUCAACAAACAAUUUUUCGCUGAUUUCAUUUUUUUUAUUAACACACAGUUUACCGACUGUUUCAUUUAGCGAUACACAAAAAAUAGAGAACCUCUAUCUAUAACUGUUAGAGACGCAGAGAAGGAUGAAUGGCUGGCCGCUUGCCAAUUGGCAAGUCGCCAACUCUCUUCUUUCUGUGUGUGUAUCAAAGAGAAGGAGGAAAAGGGCAUAGAGAAGAAUAAGAGAUUUCGCGCAUUUUCGAAACAUAUAACAAAUUGUUGUUUUUUGCAGGAGGAAGUCAAAGACAAAGUAGUUGCUAAAGGUAAGGUUUUGACAACAAUGAUGCCAUCAAACAGAAAAAUUCUCUAUCAACACUGGAUUUUGAUAGUUUUAGUUAUGAGAUGACAAAACUUAGAUUUUUUCGAAUUUUCCAAACGCUGCUUUUUUCCAAUAGUACUACUGAUUAUUCGUAGUAAUAAUAGUGAUUUCGAUUUAUUACUAACUACAAAUCCGUUUUCCGCGCUCUCCUAGCGACCAGCCAGCCAGGCAAAGAAGUAUGUAAUUGACAAAUUUGGGCUGGUGGCCUCGACGACAACACAAGAAGAGACGCCGAGCCGCUUCGCGAGACCGCGUCGCACAAAUUUCGAUAACAGACGCCUAUGAGUGUGUAUUUGUGUGAGAGUGUAGGAGCGGAGAGUGAGCGAAAAGGCCUAUGCACUCACAGAGAGAAAAAACACAUGGCAAGGGGGAAAGGACGAGGAGAGAUUGAUUUUGAGGAGUGAAGCGAGACUUACUGACUGAUCUUUGGAGGAAAAAAGAAACUUCUUAUGCAUGAGUGUAAAAUUUUCAUAAAAAAUAAUUUUUUUCAAUGAUAUAACUUCGAAGUUUGGACACCGUAUAUAUUUUCAAACAUUUCCAAAUUUUCGGAAAAAAAUAAAAUUGAUAAAUAAUGAAUUGCUUUCAGAAGAUGCUGGAGAUAACGAGAAUGAGGAAGAAGACGAUGAUGUCGACGAGGAAGACGUAAAUGACGAGGAAUCAAGUGAAGGAGAAGGUGAAGGUGAAGGAUCGGAUGGUGGAGAAGGAGAAGAAGGAGAUUCUGGAGAAGAAGAAGAUGGAGAUGAGGGAGAAGGUGGUGAUGAGAGCGAUUAA